GUUCCGCGUCGCAACGCAUUUAAGUCCUGCGGCGUUUCCCCACCGACUUCCACCCUCAGGCCGCCGGAGACCGUCUGCCCGUCCGCCGCCAUGUCCGACCGAGGAACCUUCGACACCAACGUGGUCACCGUGACCCGCUUCGUCAUGGAAGAGGGCAGGAAGGCGAAAGGCACCGGGGAGCUGACGACGCUGCUGAACGCCGUGUGCACGGCGGUGAAGGCCAUCUCCAGCGCUGUGCGCAAAGCCGGGAUCGCCCACCUCUACGGCAUUGCCGGCAGCACCAAUGUGACCGGUGACCAGGUGAAGAAGCUGGACAUCCUGUCCAAUCAUCUGAUCAUCAACAUGAUCAAGUCGUCUUUCACCUCCUGCGUGCUGGUGUCUGAGGAGAAUGAAAAAGCCAUCAUCGUAGAGCCAGAAACGAGGGGCAAAUACAUUGUGUGCUUCGAUCCUUUGGACGGCUCCUCCAACAUUGACUGUCUCGUCUCCAUCGGUACCAUCUUUGCCAUCUACAAAAAGACCACAGACGACGAACCGUGUGAGAAGGACGCCCUGCAGCCUGGCAGAAACCUUGUGGCAGCAGGCUACGCUCUCUACGGCAGCGCCACCAUGAUUGUGCUCUCCACCGGCCAGGGAGUCAACUGCUUCAUGCUCGACCCAGCAAUUGGUGAAUUUAUCCUGGUUGAACGGGACGUGAAGAUCAACAAGCGAGGCAAGAUUUACAGCUUGAAUGAAGGAUAUGCAAAGGACUUUGAACCCGCUGUCACAGAGUACCUGCAGAAGAAGAAGUUCCCUCAGGAUGGCAGUCAGCCCUACGGCGCCCGUUACAUUGGUUCCAUGGUGGCAGACGUUCACCGAACGCUGAUGUAUGGAGGCAUCUUUUUAUACCCAGGAAAUGUGAAGAGCCCCCAGGGAAAGCUGCGGCUGCUGUACGAAUGCAACCCCAUGGCCUUCAUCAUGGAGCAGGCGGGUGGCAUGGCCUCCACCGGCUUUGAGAACAUCCUGGACAUCCAGCCCGACAACAUCCACCAGCGGGCUCCCGUGGCUCUGGGCUCCCCCGAGGACGUGCUGGAGUACAUCGCCAUCUGCCGGAAACAUGCUAAGAAGUGAAACUACACUGACUGUUCAGCGGAAAACCUUGUAUCUCCAAACUGUCUGCUUUCCAGGUACUGAGAAAGUUGGCCUUUUUUAGUUUAAUGUAAAUGUAUUUUGGAUGUCUUUAUCGAGUUUGAAAAGGUUCAAGGCCAAAAAUAUCAGGGCAACUUCUUUGUGAUAUCAACUAAAUUCAGAGUUACAAGGUUUUCAUGCCAUACCAGCAAUGUUGAUGUUCUAUUUGUAGAAAGCUGACGGAUAAUAGGAGGUGGUUCACCGAACAUUGUGGUUCAUAAGCUCAAGUACACACAAACGCACACAUUCCACAGAAACUACCAAAGAGCAAAAAAACGUGCCAAAAAAUAGACAAAUGCACUGAAGUAAAAAAUACCUGAGGGCAAUGCCUCCUCAGUUUACCUCCAGUUGUGCCUUAAUUAGAAUGAACAUACAUUCUAGACCUGUGAAGGACCAAAAACAACCUCUAUGCAAACACAACCUGAUGCCUUUUUAUUAUGUGAACAACUACUGUGUUGAAAUGAAGUCUCAAUAAAUCCAAGUGAGUCUAAGAAGACAAAA